UCACGGGGCUCAGAGUUACUUGUUCAGUCCAGUUUUCUUUAGCCAGAGAUCAGACGUGCGCCGCUGCCAGCACCAGAGACAUGUACCGCGCCGCUCUCUGCCUCCUCGCCCCCACCAUGGGAAGGAAUGUGCAAAGAUCCUUGUCCUGCCUCGCCGCCCCCGCCGUCAACACGAAAGUCGGGGUGAUUGGCGCGGUUUUUGAGAAGGGACAGGUCAGAGGUGAUGGACGUCGCAUAGGCGUGGGUGAUGGGCCCAAAGUCAUCAGGGAGACAGGAGUGCUCAACCAUCUCGCCGGUUUAGGCCUGGACGUUCAGGACUUCGGGGACGUGGAGGAGAACAGUGAUACCAAGGACGCCGAGAUCCAGUUGGGUCCUGACGGGGAGCGCCAUCACACCGCCGUGCUGGAGUACAACCGACGCCUGGCCGCCGCCGUGAGCCAGGUGGUGAAGGAGGGGCGUGUGUGCGUCACCCUGGGCGGCGAUCACUCCAUCACCAUCGGUACUCUGAAUGGCCACACGGCUGCCGUCCCAGACCAGCAGGUGGUGGUGCUGUGGGUGGACGCGCACGCUGACCUCAACACGGGCGCCAUCUCCCCGACGGGCAACAUGCACGGGAUGCCUAUGGCCCACCACCUGCGUGGCAUGGCCCAGCAGGUUAACAGGAUGUCCGACGGGUGGCCGCAUCCCUGCCUGGACGCGCAUCACAUCGUGUACGUUGGCCUGAGGGACGUGGACCCCUGUGAAAGAGAGCUGAUGGACCAGAUGGGCAUAUUGUCAUUCAGCAUGAGAGAGGUGGACCGCGUGGGCUUUCACAGUGUGUUGGAGGCCGCCCUGUCCCAUCUCAAGCCCUCCCCUAGCAGACCACUCCAUCUCUCCUUCGACAUUGAUGCCCUUGACCCUGCAGAGGCCCCCAGCACCGGCACGAGAGUGCGUGGCGGCCUAACCUUACGCGAGGGCCUGGCACUGUGCGAGGCGGUGCAGGAGACAGGCUACUUGAGUGCCCUGGAUCUGGUGGAGGUGAACCCAAGCAUAGGAACGGGGAAGGACGCCGCUAUCACCACCAACGCCGCCCGCCUUCUCCUCCUUAGCGCUCUCGCCGGCAGAAGAACAUGAUCUGGAAACACGGCUGGGACUAGAGAAAUAGGCAAAGUCUCUCUCUCUCUCUCUCUCUCUCUCUCUCUCUCUCUCUCUCUCUCUCUCUCUCUCUCUCUCUCUCUCUCUCUCUCUCUUUUUCAAUGUAGGAUGAAGAGAUGAAUUUCUACGUACGGUUAGUGGUAUACGUGUGAUUUUUUUUUUAUUUCAUUUUAGCUUAUUUGUUCUUGUGAUAGAUCAUAUAUUUUUUUUUAUUUAGGUUAUUAUUAUUAUUAUUAUUUUUUUAUUUAUUUAUUUAUUUUUUUUUGUGAAUAUGUUUGUGAUGUGAUGUACGUAGGUUAUGAUGUAGACAAACAUAUUAUUAUUAUUACUAACAACAACAACUACUACUACUACUACUACUACUACUACUACUACUACUACUACUGUGUUGUUCUUAUUUCCACUGAUAUUCAAACCCAUUCCAUUUUUUUUUUUAUUGACUGAUUGAUUGAUUGAUUUAUUAUUAUUAUUAUUAUUAUUUGUUAUGCACUUCUUCCUCAGCCUUCAGUCAUGUCACGCGUACAUGGCAACACUGCUCAUUCACUUCCAUCUUUCAUUACAAACCCUCUCUCUAUGAUUAAGUUUCCUUCUACUCGUGGCUUUGUCGAAUCUAUCUAUUUAUCUGUCUGUCUCGGACCGGUAAUCCCACACUGGGCGACCCAGACAAAACACCACACACUCAUACACACAUCAUUCACCUCGCAGGUGUAAUGAAAACAUACAAUCCCUGAAAAAAAAAGAAAAAAAAAAAGCUCAUAUUGAUUAGGUGGCAGUUCAAAAUGAGGACUAUAUGUAGGUGAAAUAAAAAAAAAAGAAUAA